CCCUGAUCUAUGGUGUCUCUCUAUACAUUUUUUCAUGUUCCCGGAAGCUUAAAUACACGUGUCAUUAUCAACAGGAAUUCAUAACAUAAAUCUUACAGACAAUAUGCCAAUCAUUUCCCAACGUUGAAUUCCUCGGCAUCACAUAAAAGAGGUUAUACAAUAUACUACAAAAUACUGAAUCAAGACAAUAUUGGGAAAGUCACAAUCCACAUGCAUUUCCCAUAGUUAUUGUGAAAAAGAAGGAUGGAAUUUUAUGUGUAGACUAUAGUGCUUUGAACAAAAUAGGCUCACAGUUUCCUCAAUCCGUGGUAGGGGGUAGAUUUUUCCAUGUGAUAUAUCGAAAAGGACGUGUAAAUAUCUGUCUAUACAUGGAUCUAAGACAAAGAUGGACGACGUUGGCGAAAGAAACCCUGACAGUUCCGGAAAGCAUUAGCUGGAAGUGGUGGGAACACAUUGAGCAAAGAUAUAACGAGAGUCAGAGGCAUUACCAUACUCUACGCCAUCUGGAGGAAAUGUUCCAGCAUUUUGAUCAGUUCCAGAACGAGCUCAUUCAUCCGGAACUUGUAUCAUUAGCAAUAUUUUUUCAUGAUAUUAUAUAUGAUCCGAAGGCACCUGAUAACGAGGAAAGAAGUGCAGACGUGUUUGUGCAGUUCUCACAAGAGGCCGGUAACUUGAAAGAAAACCAAGUAGAGAAAGUGAAAGAGUGGAUUUUGCUGACAAAAGCUCACACAAUUCAGGAUAAUGCAGAAAAAGACCUGCAGUACUUUUUGGAUAUGGACAUGGCAGUACUGGGGAGAUCUAGUGAAGAGUACAAGAAAUAUGCAGAACAGAUUCGUAAAGAAUACAGUCAUGUUCCAGAUCCAGAAUUCAGAAAGCGGCGAUCAGCGAUUCUUCAAGACUUUACUCAGCGACAGAGAAUUUUUGCCUCCGAUGAAUUUAAUAAGAUGUUCCAUGGCACUGCUAUUCAAAACAUGAAGGACGAAAUAUUGAUUUUACGGAGCAAACCUACAAUCUAAAUCCCUCAGACGUCUGUGAUAUUCACUAUGUGUUGUUAUUCCCGGUAUCUGUUUCAUUAUAACAUUAUACUCGUAUGUUACACACGAUGAAGUAAAACUAUACGUACAACAUU